UGCGCAGUAGAAGUUCAAAAUGGAGGAUGAAUUGGAAGAUAUUCCACUGAGCAGUGGAGAUGAAGGAAUGGACGCUGAGAGUGGCAGGGAAGGAGAAGGAACUAGGACCUACAAACACACUGUGGAUCCUCCUAGAAAUAUCAGGAAGAGCCCAUCUUCCUUUAGUAUUAUAGAAGCAGCACAAUACGGUCAUCUUGAAAAGUGUCGUCAGUUGGUGGAGGAGGAAGGAGUUAAUGUUAGACUGGGAGACAGUGAGGGGAUCACUCCUCUCCACUGGGCGGCCAUUAACAAUAGAUUCGCUGUAGCAAGUUAUUUUAUCCAAAAAGGAGCUAACGUCAAUGCUGUAGGUGGGGAAUUACUGUCCGCUCCCAUUCAUUGGGCCACUAGACAAGGACACCUGGGUAUGGUUGUAUUGUUAAUGAGAUAUGGCGCUAAUCCUGAAAUAUUGGAUAAAGAAGGUUUAAAUUGUCUCCACAUAUCAGCUCAGUUUGGAUUCACUGCAAUCACUGCCUACUACGUGACUCACCCCCGCUUCCCCAUUAAUAUUGACUCAGUGGAUGCUGAGGGUCGUACUGCAUUGAUGCUCUCAAGUUUAAGAUCAUACAAUUUCGAUCCAACUAGACUAUUAAUAUCACUAGGAGCUUCAUUGUCAGUUACUGACAAACAACAGAAUACCGCUCUUCAUCAUGCUGCUGAGUCAGCUAAUUAUUUUGCAGUUAAAGAAUUGACAAGAACAGCUGCUCCAAUUAGCUCACAAAAUAACGAAGGUAAGACUCCUUAUGAUUUAGCAGUGAGCAGUCAAAGUAAGCCGAUUAUUGAAAUGAUUCACACGGAGAGGAAGAGAAGGGAACCCAAUGGUGUCCUUGAUAUACUGACAGGGAAUAAAAGGCUGGCCUGGUGGCUCAUGCUCCUCUUCCCAGGAGUACUGGUUGGCCUGAUGGGCUACCUUGGGGUCAUAUGCCCCAACUGGUGGUCUUACAUCAUAUCUACCUCGAUAUGUUCAUGGAUAGUCAAGCAGUUUGUAUUGUUAUAUCUUCCAGUAAGUCCUGAGGACCAUCCCAUGGCUCUUGGGUUGGUUUGGGGUACAAAGUUUUGGCUUUAUGUCACUGUCUUUAGUUACUUUAUACCUUAUGGUGUUGUUGAUCGCUGGUUUGUUCUGCUGAUUCUUUCAGUUGUCAUGUUUUAUGUAUUCUUUAAAACAUGGCGCUCUGACCCAGGCUACCUACCAAUGAUGAACAAUAAAGAGGAAGAAUUCAGAACUAUAUUCUCUUUAUGUGAAGAAGGAAAGUUUAAUCCUUCAACAUUUUGCACUUCCUGUCUGGUAAGGCGACCAAUCAGAUCGAAGCAUUGUCCAGCCUGCAGGAGGUGUGUAGCAAGAUUUGAUCAUCAUUGUCCGUGGGUGGAUAAUUGUAUUGGAUUAAAGAAUCAUAAGAUGUUUUUAGGAUAUUUAGUUUGUCUAUUAUCAAUGUUAAUAUGGAACCUCACUGCAUCACUACGCUAUGUGUAUCAUUUCUUUCCUGCUGAUCCAUCUCAGAAUGUUGUAAUGAGGACGUGGCACUACAUUGUCUCUGAUCCAUGGAUUGGGUACAUCCUAAUCAUGACACUCUUCCACUUCACCUGGGUAUACCUACUCCUGGUUAGCCAGUUGUUUCAGUUAUUCUGUCAGGGCAUGACUACCAAUGAGAAGAGGAAUGCUCACAGAUAUGAGCACUUUCUUAAACUCGGAGGGCUCAGUCCAUUUCAUCGAGGUGCUUGUGUCAAUUGUGCUGAUUUCUUUGGGUUUACAUGUUGCAAUGCUAAGGAUAGAGUGGACUGGACCAGAACUUACGACAUACCAAAGCAUCAGAAUCCAUUUGUGACUGAUCCUCCUGAGGAACCAGCCCCCAAACCAAAGAUACCUCUGCCCUACUCUUCCUCAAGUCAAGCUUCUAAUUUCUCGUACAGCAGUGACAGUGAAUCAGGUUAUACCAAUGGGCCCAGUCCUGCCCCUCGUCAAACUGAACUGGAACUGACUGAACCUUUGAUACAAUCAUAAAUGAAUCAGCCGUUGGGUGGGUGGGUUUAGGAGCAUGGCUUGUUUGUAUAA